AUGCGUUCCCUCCGCGCAAACCGUCGUCUUCCUCUGAAGCCUCUCCCUCGUCUCCUCUCUACGACCGCCUCUCCCAGCGCGGCAUCUGCUUCUACUGCAUCCUCCUCCUCUACUCCCAAGUAUACACCGAUCAAUUCGGUCCUUAUCGCCAACCGAGGCGAGAUUGCCAUCCGUAUCAACCGUACUGCCGAACGCCUCGGCAUUCGUGCUACCACAGUCUACACCGAUGUUGACGCUGGCUCCUGGCAUGCCUCGUCGGGUUUUCAAUCACUUGGACUUGGUCCAGCCAAUGCCUAUCUAGAUGGCGAGAAAAUCAUUGCGCUGGCCAAGCAGAAUGGUAUUCAGGCCCUACAUCCCGGAUAUGGCUUCCUGUCAGAGAACUCCAAGUUCGCAGAGCGCUGCGAAGAGGAGGGCAUUGUGUUUGUCGGACCCCCAGCUACUGCCAUGGCCGACAUGGGACACAAGGCUCGCAGUAAGGAGAUCAUGACUGCUGCCAACGUUCCCUGUGUGCCAGGUUACCAUGGCACGGAGCAGGGCGAGCAGGAGCUUCUUGAGCAUGCCAAGAAGAUCACAUUCCCUGUUCUCCUCAAGAGUGUACGAGGAGGUGGUGGCAAGGGAAUGCGAAUUGUCUUGACAGAGGAUGAAUUCUUGACGCAGCUCAAGAGUGCUCGUGCCGAGGCCAAGGCCUCCUUCGGCGAGGGCGGCGAGGUCAUGCUGGUGGAGAAGUACAUUGUCCGCCCUAGACAUGUUGAAGUCCAGGUAUUCGCCGACAAGUGGGGGAAUACUGUUGCCCUUGGCGAGCGAGACUGCAGUGUUCAACGACGACACCAGAAGAUCCUAGAAGAGUCUCCUGCUCCUGAUCUGGACACGGCAACCCAACAUGACCUCUGGGACAAGGCCAGGAAAGCUGCGUCUGCCGUGGGCUACGUCGGUGCCGGUACUGUCGAGUUCAUCCUCGAUAAGGACACCAACAAGUUCUACUUUAUGGAAAUGAACACUAGGCUCCAAGUGGAGCAUCCCGUCACAGAGAUGGUGACCGGCUUGGACUUGGUGGAAUGGCAAUUCCGAGUCGCUGCUGGCGAGAAGCUGCCCCUAACCCAAGCAGAAGUUGAGGAGCAGAUGAACCAAAGGGGUGCUGCUAUCGAGGCACGAAUCUACGCAGAGAACCCCGAGAAGGGCUUCAUUCCUGACUCAGGCAAGCUGGUACGUGCCUAUCUGCCUACCGAGUUGCAGAACGAGGAUGUCCGCCUGGAUUGGGGAUUUCGCUCUGGCAGCACAAUCUCUGAGGCAUACGAUGGUAUGAUUGCCAAGCUCAUUGUGCGCGGCGAUACAAGAGAGCGUGCCAUCGCCAAGAUGGAGAGCGUUCUACGUGCUUAUGAGAUUGUCGGUGUUGCUACAAACAUUGAGUUCCUCAAGCGACUCUGCCAGACCGACGCCUUUGUUGCUGGUGACGUCGAGACCGGCUUUAUUGACAAGUGGCGAGACGAGCUCUUCAAGCCUAGAUACAUCAAGAACGAGGUGUUCGCCCAGGCAGCUCUGGGCAUGGUCAACUUCGAGCUCCGAAACGCAGUGCCCCAUGGCCAGACACUAGGGUUUGGCGAGGCCAACACCAUUGGUGAACGAAAGCUUGCCUUUAAGAUCCUAGACGGAUACAGUCAGGAGGAAGGCGAGGUUGUAGACGCCAGCGUGACACAGACGGGUCACAACCUUUUCAAUGUCGUCGUUUCUCGCAAGGGUGAAGAGACGCCCCAAGUCUUCACCAACAUCGCAUGCCAGCCAGAGCCAGAGGGUGAGGUGAUGAAACUGGAGUCAUACUUCCCCUUGGAGCGAAUCCAGUCUUCCGUGGUUCCCCAGCACACAGACAACGAUACCAAGGUCACCAUCUUCCAACAUGGAGUCAAGACAGACCUUGUCCUUCUACCACCCCAGUGGUAUGAGAAGGCGCUCGGCUUAAAGGAGGCGACUGCGUCGGUUGCUGCACCAAUGCCCUGCAAGAUCCUGAAGAAUGAGGUAGUAGAGGGCCAGACAGUACAAAAGGGAGCGCCUCUUGUUGUGACGGAUAUUUGCAAAGCCGGAACAGUUCUGGUCCUGUUUGAGGAGGGUGAGGCCAAAGAGGGUGAGGCUUGA